AUGGCCAGGAGUGGUGGGAACCUUGGGGUCUGGGGGAGCUUGGUGCUAUUGGGUUUGUAUGGCUGUACUGUGGUCAGGGCGGCCGGUGAGUAGUCAUGCCUUUAAUCACUGUCCUUACCAAGAGAUAAGACCGCAGCUUCUCAGGCAUAGGGUGGCGAGAGGGAAAAUACAAAUGACCUGUGCUUUUCUAAUAGGAAAGCUUCUCUCUAAUUCUCAGAUCCAGUGAGACACCUGAGGGUACAGACUCAGACCACCAGCUCCAUCACCCUGAUAUGGGAGGCCCCCGAGGGCACUGACCCUGAGAACUUGACUUACUGGGUCCAGUGGCCUGGAGAUGGUGACAGAAAUAACACUCGAAACACAACAGCCACCAGCAUCACGGUGGACGGGCUGGCUCCUGCUUCUUCAUAUAAAUUUUCCGUGUGGGUUGAAAAAGGUGGAGUCAACAGCUCCCAGGUGAUCCUUGAAGCUACCACAGCUCCAAACCCAGUGCGAAACCUGAGCCUGGAAGCUCAGACCACCACUUCCAUCAGCCUGACAUGGGAGCCGCCUGAGAACUCCUUGUCCCCGGACCUCACCUACUGGGCCGAGUGCGGUAGAGAUGGUGGCAAAACUGAGACCCGGGAUACAAGAAACAACAGUGUCACCAUAGACAGACUUGAGCCUGGCUCUGCAUAUGAAUGUUCUGUGUGGGUGGAAGCCAGUGGCGUCAACAGCACAAGGGAGAGUCUCAGUAACGCUGCCACAGCCCCUAACCCAGUAAUAAACCCGUCUCUGGUGACCCGGACUAAUCAUUCCAUCGUGCUGAGCUGGAAAGCCCCCGAGGGUCCAGACCUUCAGGGUUACACCUAUCGCGUGCAGUUUGUGGGAAAUGGUGACAAAAAUGGCACCCAAGACGUCAAGGACACCAGCAUCACAGUUGAGAACCUUGAGGCUGGAACCUUGUACAGCUUCUCUGUGUGGGCCAUAAAGAACGGAAUCUCCAGCUUUCCAAAGACCCUACACAACUCCACAGUCCCUAAUACUGUGAUGAGCCUCAGGAUCCAGGACCAGACCAAUAGCUCCAUCACCUUGAGCUGGACAGCACCCAUGGGUCCCCGAGAUCCCAGCUACACCUUCUGGAUCUCGUGGGCUCUGGAGGGAAAUACCGACAACGGAAUAGAAGACACCCCUAACACUAGUAUCACACUGAAGACACUGGCCGCCGGAAGCUUGUACAACCUCACUGUCUGGGCUGAGAGGAAUGAAGUCAGAGGUUACAGCAGUGGCUUUCUUGGGGCUACUGCUCCCAAUGAAGUCACUCGGCUACGGAAUGAAAGCCAUACCAACAGCUCAGUGACCCUGACGUGGAACCCCCCGGACGACCCCUAUUCUCACUCCUACACCUACUGGGUCCAGUGGGCCACUGAAGAAAAACCUCAGGCAAAGCAUGACCCCACAGGACAUGGAGCCCGAUCCAAAGAUAACACCAGUGAGUCUCGGUAUGAGGUCAAGGCUCUCACAUCUGGCACUUUAUACAACUUCAGCGUGUGGGCAGAGAGGAACCAGGUGCCCAGUUUUAUACAGACCAUCCAGGCACCCACAGCACCAGUUGCUGUCAAUAUUGUCUCUUGCGUCAGCACCUCUGGGGGCUACGGGGUCAUCCUGACCUGGUCGUGCCCACCUGGAGGUUAUGAGGCCUUUGAGGUGUUAGUGGGCAAUCAAGUGCUCAGGCAGGAUGGAUCUUCGUGUGGGAAGGGCAUGUCUGUGUCAGAUCUUGGGCCAGCUCAGUCCUACACAGCCACCGUCAUGACCGUCUCUAAUGGACUGAGGGUCGGAUCCAUCUCUGUGACCUGCUACACAGAGAGUGGAGGCCUGCUGCUGGCAGGAGCCUUCACCCUCUGA